CAACAAUCCCCAGUCGUGAGUUGACCAUCGCGUCAACAGUUGCGUUUUCAUCGUAUAGUCUCUAUUUUCGUUUUCACAGUUCACAACAUUUUAUUGUGAACACCAAAUCAAAACUUGAUUUUUUGUUAAUAAAGUUACAAUUUUCACCUGGAACAAAGUGUCAUAAUUUCCGCUCAAGUGACAGUUUUUUUUUUCGUAUUGAAGUCAACAUGUUUUUUUACGAAAAUAUGCAGUGAAUAAUAAAUAUUACUAUAUCAGUUUACAUUGUGUGCCAGGAUCAUUUAUUGUUUUUUUUUUUUUUCGUUUUCAGUGAGAACAGUGUUUUAUGGAAAAAUAACGUGUCUGAAUUUUGGUAAAUUGUCAACAAUUUCCCGGCAAAUUGACGUUCGCUAAUUGCCGCAAGAUGGCGAUUAUUUCAUGUGUUAAGUUUUUAUUUUCAAUAAAAACAAAACAAUGAGAUAACUAAUUUUUUUCUCGAUAUGAUCGACAAUAAUCAGAUCGUGAAAGUUUAACCUUCGUGGAGAGUAAAUUCGAUCGGUUUUUUUUUCGGAUACUAUUAGUGAGUGAUUUUUGUGUGUUUUUUACAACAAUUUUAAUCAUGAGUUUGUGAUAAUUUUUUUUUUAUUAUUUGGAGAUCAAGUUCCUUUUUUGGAUAUUAUCAGUGAAAAAAAAAUGGAGUCCCGACGGAUCAACUGUUUUUUGCUGUUCAUCGCACUUGUCAUCUCCGUUAAAGCACAACAAAGAUCGCCGAGGAUAACGGAACAUCCGUCGGAUAUAAUAGUGGCCAAGAAUGAGCCGGUAACUCUCAACUGUAAAGCCGAGGGUAAACCGGAGCCUGUGAUAGAGUGGUACAAGGAUGGUGAACCCGUUCCAACAUCACCGGGUGAUGCCAAAUCGCACAGAGUUCUGCUUCCGACGGGAUCGCUCUUCUUCCUGAGGGUGAUGCACGGGAAAAAGGAGCAGGACGGUGGUGUUUACUGGUGCGUCGCCAAGAAUCAAGUUGGCAGCGUCGCGAGCAGAAAUGCGACCCUCACAGUAGCAGUGCUGAGGGACGAGUUUCGUGUGGAACCUCAGAACACGAGGGUCGCGACUGGUGAAACUGCUUUGCUAGAGUGCGGACCGCCUCGAGGCCAUCCGGAACCUACCUUGCAAUGGAAGAGGAACGGGCACGUUAUAGACUUGGAAGCUACCAAACGAAUAACACUUGUGGAUGGAGGAAACCUAAUGAUUUCCGAUGUCAGACAAACGGAUCAAGGAAAAUAUCAGUGUGUCGCGUCAAAUAUGGUUGGAGCAAGAGAAUCAAAAUUGGCCGCCUUAACCGUUCAUGUGAAACCAUUUUUCAAUUUGGUGCCAUUAAAUCAAACAAUUUUGACUGAUCAAACUGCCGAAUUUGCCUGCCGCGUGGGAGGCGAUCCAAUGCCGGAAAUACUUUGGCGUAGAAACGAUGGAAAAAUGCCAAUCGGCAGAGCUCACAUUUUAGACAAUAAAAGUCUCAGGAUCGAGAGGGUCACGUCUCAGGAUCAAGGUGUCUAUAUUUGUGACGCUGAAAAUGGCGUCGGUGCUAUUUCCGCAAGUGCUACUCUCACUGUCCAUUCCCGUCCAGUUUUCACAAAUUUCCCCAAGGACGAAGCAAUAAGUACAGGAUCAGACGUAACAUUCGCGUGUUCAGCGCGUGGUGCACCAAAACCGUCAAUAUUCUGGACCCGUGAAGGUUCACAGGAAUUAAUGUUCCCUGGUAAUACAUAUCAAGAUCGUUACACAAUCGCUGAGGAUGGUAGUCUUCAUAUUAAGGGAAUUAUUCGUAAAGAUGAGGGUCACUAUGUUUGUAGUGCAAUUAGUCAAGCUGGCGCAAGCACUGCCACUGUAUUUCUUCAAGUGACAUCAACCGAAGAAAUACCACCGCCAAUUAUUGAAUUGGGACCAGCUAAUCAAACGUUAUUAUUAAAAAGUACAGCAACAAUGCCAUGUCGUGCUGUUGGUACACCAAAUCCAAAAGUUCAUUGGCACAAAGAUGGUGUUUUAGUUAAAUUGGGAAGUCGUAUAACAAUGGCAAAUAAUGGUACACUAUUCAUUGAGGAUUUACAUACAAAUGAUUCGGGUUUAUAUACAUGUAUUGCAUCAUCAGAAUCUGGUAAUACAUCAUGGUCAGCGGCAUUGACAGUGAGUGCUUCGACAACACUUCACAGUACACCGGAUAUUGCCGCAUUGCCACAAAAUCCAAGUAAACCACGAAUUGUCAAUACAACAAGUAAUAGUGUCACUUUAACAUGGAGUCCAGGUCACGAGGGUCUCAGCAAAAUUAUCGGUUAUAAUAUUGAGUAUUUCAGCAGUAAUUUAAACACUGGUUGGGUCCUCGCUGCCACUGGAAUCACCGACGAUACUUAUACUGUUCUUGAUCUAAAACCGGAUACAAGCUACGUUUUCCUAGUUCGAGCGGAAAAUAGUCAAGGUUUGUCACUUCCGGGUCCAAUGUCAGAUGUUGCUCACACAGUAACUGCGAAUCAACACACAGUACCUCAAAUCGAAUUAAUCAGAGCUAGAGAUCGUCUUAAUAGCGAAAUUCUUCACCUAAGAGAAGUUCAAUCGUUAAGCAGUUCGAGUUGCAAAAUAAUGUGGGACAUUCUUGGAGCUGCUGAUUUGGUGGAAGGUCUCUACAUUCGAUAUCGUGAGGCGUCAGAAAAGCCGGAAUAUCAAAUGGUAACUGUAUUGAAUGCCGGUGCAACGAGUUAUGUUCUAACGAAUUUGAAAAAAUAUACACGUUACGAAUUUUUCCUCGUGCCAUUCUAUAAAACAAUUGAGGGACGACCGAGUAAUGUAAAAUUAGCCACAACUCAAGAAGAUACACCAUCUGGUGCUCCGGAAAAUGUUCACGUUGGAAUGAUCAAUAUUACAUCUGCAUUUGUCCGAUGGUCACCACCGCCAAAGGACACACAAAACGGUCAAUUAGUCGGCUAUAAGAUUCAAAUAAAGAGCAAUAGUAGCAACAAAAUUCUAGGCCAAAUGUCAUUGAACGCAUCGACAACUUCUGUGAUUAUAAACAGUCUAUCAACCGGUGGGCUCUACACGGCAAGAGUCGCUGGAUUAACACGCGCUGGAAUUGGUCCAUUCUCACCGCCAACGCUUCUCAACAUGGAUCCAGGACAAUUGUCCCAAGUACCACCGAGAACCGAUCCAAGUCACGGUGGAAUGUCCGUCGUUCGAGAAACAUGGUUCCUAAUUUUAAUAAUCACAAUGGUUUUCACAAUACUAGCCGCACUAUUAGGAACUCUCUACGUCCGUCGAAAGCAAGCAAUGAGCAAACAAUUGGGCCACCUUAACGUUCCCGUAGGCACUGCAAACGAUAUUUGUCAACUCAAUAAAGAUUCCCUUUGGCUUGAACGUGGCUGGCGACCAACAAACACACUACAAAAUAAUGAUAAAGACUGUGAAACAAAAUUACUCAACAAUCAACCUUUAUUAGCGCCCGGUAUUGUCAGUAUGGCCGGUUCCGAAUAUGCCGAAGUGAAUUUAACAACAUUUUACAAUACAAGAAAACAAAUACAAGCACCACCUGAACCAUACGCCACCACAACACUUUGCGUCGCAAAUCCAAGUCCCGAAUCAAUGGAAACAAGUGGACAAAAAUCAAAUUCAAGUGAUUCGUGCGUUAAACCCGAUUACUCAUCCCUUGAUUCAAAUCAAGAUCAAAAUAAAUCCACAAUAUCGCCAAGUAGCGAUAAUACAAGUGUCUAUACCGAUGAAAAUACGGAAAUACAACGAAGACCACAAUAUCGAAUUAAUGAAGGAAAUUCUCAAACAAUGCCAAAUUGGUGUGAUAUGCUACCACCACCUCCUGAACAUCCACCGCCAGCUUCUUCAAAUUCCCUUGCCGCACGAUUACAACAUCAAUCAUUUAGUCCCCAUCUUGGCAAACGAAAUGAUGAUUCACAAAAUUCCCAAAGUCCACCAACACCACCCGUGCGUAUUGGAGCCACAUUUUCCUCAUGGAACCCCGGUCAAGGACACGAUUUACCAUCAACUCUACAUCAAGGUCGCUAUACAACACUUCCACCUCAAACAAAUCCACCACCUGUACCAUCAUUUCCCCAAGGAUUCAAUCAUUAUGAUUUUAAAACACAAGAAAAUGAAUACGAAAGUGGUUCGGUAAUUUAUGGCCAUCAUCAAAAUGGUAGCGGUACUGGUGAUGAUUAUAGAAAUCAUGAUUCAUAUAAUAAACGUUCAAAUCAUCGUAUGGAACUCGAUGAUUAUCGUCACAAUGAUGAAAUGUUUAGAAAUGAUAAUUUAUAUCAUCCGGAAAAUGAUGAAUGGGAUAGAAAAUCAUGUGAUUCAAAUACACAUUCGGAUAUGUGUUGCUCGUGCUCUGAGUCAAGUUGUCUAUAUGCUGACACAAUGGAUUAUAAUACUAGUCAGUUUCAGGCAAGUUGUACACACAAUCGUGCUAAUUCUCGAAAUAGAAAUAAUAGAAGUCCCCGUAGAAGAACGAACAGGACAACAUCACCAACGUACAGUAGCGAAAGUAAUUAUUCAUCUAUUCCCCAGAGGCAAUGUGGUCCUGUUAAUUCACAGGAGAGACUGAGGCAUAACAGAAGUAAAGAUAAAGUGCCCAGUUUUCCACGAAGUGGUGGAUAUCAACAACAUAACUCAUCAGCUUCAAAUACAAUGAGCAGCUCGGGAAGCCAGAGAUAUAAUAAAUUAAACAGUCUCUUCAUGGGCGGCAAUAAUCCAAAUGCUACUUCUGAAUUACGUGAUAGCUAAGUCUUUUAUAUAGAGGGGAAAUAAAAAGAAGAGAGAUAGUGCAAGAGAGCAGUUUAAAGGCCUUCGAUAACAGCGAUAAUUCUCACAAUUGAUUGAGAGAUAAUAUCGUUGGUCUACUUCCAUUCAAAACAAAAACAAAAAGGGCUGUUUCGUGUUUGAAACGAAGAAAAAAAAACACACACACAUGACACAAGUAUCAUCGAUUUUACCAGUCGAAUUGGGUCGAAAAAAUAGGCAGAAACGACUUAUUCACUCUGGUCGCGUGCAGCUCCGAGUACUUGGGUGUUGGUUCCUCACGAUUUUAUAAAUAAUUUGAAGAAAUGCCAUUUUUUUCCAAGGUACUAUUUGAAAUUAUAUAAAUGAUUGUGUGCUGCACGUGGUUGGUUCUCUUAAAAAAAAAAAAAAUAAUAAUAAUAAUUAGGUUAAAAAAAACCUAAUAACUCUUGUACAUAUUAUACUCAUAUGAAUCUCAAAAACGUAGUCCAUUAGAAUCCCACGAGAAAAAAAAAACAGCUUUCAAUCUUUAAUGAAGAAGGAAUUAUCUAUUUCUUCCGCUAAUUUUCUAUUUUCAUUUGAGAAAAUAUACUACAUUUCACGAUUUGCAAAUUUGCCAGGCAAAUUGUGUCAUGUCGUGUACACUUAAAUGUCGUGACUUAAACGACAGUAUUGUUGACAUUGCAUUUUUACAAUAGAGAAUCAUUUUUUUUUUAUGAUUCUUCAAAGACUGUAAAAAGUGAUCGAUUAUCUUUUCUUUGCAUUUAUUACACUUAUAUAAUCACGUCGUUUUUACUCUUUUAUCAUCUUUUUUUCCCCUUAUUUCCAUAAAUUCUAUACAUUUUUUUUUCUUACUAAAUAUAUUUAAUUUUCCUUUUUUUGUAUAUUAAUUUAUUUUAACAAACGAACUGACAUUAAUUUAACGUUCAAAAAGUUGGACGGCUUUUGAAAAUCUUUCUCAUAUAGAGAUAAACUUUGCGAAUUUACAUAAUGCAAAGCUAAUGAAAUCAGUUCUCGACAAACUCAAUUUUCCGUUCACUGCCGUUUAAUCAUAAGAUAGACGAGUAUCGAAGAAAAAAAAAUGUUAAUUUACUUUUUUUUAAUGGUCCUUUUGCCAAUGACAAAUAAUAAUAAAAAUGCAAUUUUAUUGAAAAACAAAAUACUCCUAAUUAUUUAGGGAAGACAAUUGAAAUAAUGAAAGAAAAGAAAGAAUAAUCGGCGUGCAUUUCUUCCAGAACAAAAUAAUAUUUAUAGCAAUGCAUUAUAUAUAUAUAUAUAUAUAUAUAUAUAUAUAUAUAAAUAUAUAUAUAUAAAUAUAAAAAAAGUACGAGUGUAAGGUGUAUAAUCAUAUCAAUGGUUUUGUAUACAUUGUACAAAGUUAAUUAACGAAAUUAGUCAUUAGCUUUUAAUUUACACAUCAUUAACACGUACGCGCUGUAGAUCAUAAGUGAAAAACUAAAAGGAGUAAAUUUUAUAUAUGUAAUAAUAAUAAUAAUAAUAAUAAUAAUAAUAAUAAUGCUCCAAAAAAAAAAUUUAAGUGAGAAAGUGAAAACUUAUUUUGCACUGUAGUAAAAAGGUGCAAAAAUUAAAAAAAAAAUAAAUUGUGUAGAUGAGAAAAAACGCGUUGAAAUCUUAAAUAAAUACUUGUUAAGUAUAAUCUUCGACGAAUUGCAAAA